AUGAGUUUGUCACAAGAGGAACGUAUUAGAAACUGGUUGGAAGAAGAUUCAGAUGAAGAUGUAAUUGGUAGGGAAGAUGAUGAAGAAGGUGGUGAUGAAAUAGAGCCCCAAAUAAGAGAGCACGAAACUGAUACAGAAGAAGAAUGCGAUUCAGAACCAGAAGCUAUUACGGAAAAUCAGAACAUUGGUUCAAGUAGCGAAGAUGACGUUCCCUUGUCUCACUUGCAAACUUCACAGUGUUACGUGGUGCACAGAAAAUUAAGAAAUGGUAGGACUGAAGUAAUUUACAGAUGGAGGAUGGAGGAUUUGCCAGGACCUAAAGCCAUAUGUAGAGUAUCAGCUACUGCUGAAAAAGCCUGGAUAUUGCUAUUUUCAAAAGAAUGGUUAGAAAAGGUUGUUCUUUACACUAAUCAGAAAAUACAAUCGCAAAAAUUUAAUUAUCAAAGAAAUAGAGACUCAUCUGAAACAGACAUGAUUGAAAUAAGAGCUUUGAUAGGUUUAUUAUAUCUCAUUGGUUUAUACAAAUCAUCACACGUGCGUAUCUCGGAUGUUUUCAACCCAGAUGGGACUGGAUUGGAUAUUUGUAGAGCUGUAAUGUCGGUACAAAGAUUUAAAUUUCUCUUGCGCAAUCUCAGAUUCGAUGACAGGAAUACCCGUGACGAGUGA